AUGGCGGUCAUCAGCGGCGAAAGAUGGUGGCAGCGGCAGUUGGUCAUGAAGGAUGAUAGCAGCAGUAGGCAGCGACGAAGCAGUGCAAAGAAGGUUUACUUCAACCUCAUAGAAGCAAGGACUGAACCUAGUGAAAAUUACUUAUGGGGUCCACAUGGAAGAAAAGGUGACCCUGGGCCUCCUGGUCCACCAGGACCUCCUGGACCACCUGGACCACCUGGACCUGGGGGCGGUCCUAGUUAUGGAGGCGGAUGGAGUGGCAAAGAUGGAUAUUAUAGUCCUCAUCUAGCCAUACCUCCCGUUCAGUGCCCUCCAGGACCUCGUGGACCACCUGGCCCAAUUGGACAACGUGGCCCCCAAGGUUACCCAGGUGCAAUAGGUGAGACUGGACUACCAGGCUCCAGAGGUUCAGCAGGUCCGCCUGGCAGAGUGGGUCCACCUGGGCCACCUGGAAAAGAUGGUGAACCUGGCAAACCAGGAAGAAUUGGUGAACGUGGAAUACCCGGUCUUCCGGGUUCUGGUGGCCAACCUGGUAGGCAUGGUAUGCCUGGAAUGAAAGGUCACAGAGGUUUCAAUGGACAUGAUGGUGCUAAAGGUGAACCUGGUCUUCCGGGAGCUAAGGGUGAAGCUGGUUCUCCUGGGAGCAAUGGCUUACCUGGUCCAAUGGGUCCUCGUGGUCUGCCUGGCGAGAGAGGGCGCAAUGGCUCUCCCGGAGCAGCAGGUACCCGUGGUCAUGAUGGCCGUCCUGGUAAAGAUGGCGCACCUGGCUCUCCUGGACCACCUGGUACACCUGGUUUUCCAGGUCAAUCAGGAGCUAAGGGUGAAUCUGGUGAACGAGGCUCUCGUGGUUCUGAUGGGACUCCAGGAUUAAGGGGUGAACGAGGUCCUCAGGGCCCUGCUGGAAUAUCAGGCCCACCUGGGAAAUCUGGAAAAGAUGGAUCGAGCGGUGCUCGAGGUUUACCGGGUCCUCCAGGUACACCUGGCAGUCCUGGUGGACCAGGUCCAGUUGGCAUCCAAGGUCCAGCAGGUACUAAUGGAGUUCCAGGUUCCAGAGGUCUACCAGGCGAAUCUGGAAAACCUGGAGCAAAAGGAGACCCUGGUCCAAAGGGUGAAUCUGGAACACCUGGAAAUCCAGGUGCUCCUGGUCCCACUGGUGAAGAAGGUAAAAGAGGUCUCCCUGGUGAACCUGGGCCAAUUGGUGCAACGGGCAUUCCUGGCGAGAGAGGGCUUCAAGGAGUAAGAGGUGUCCCAGGUACAAGUGGCCCACCAGGUGAAAAGGGUCCUGCAGGAGAAACUGGUCCACCUGGUCCCGUUGGGCCUAGAGGUGCUAAUGGUGAAUCAGGUCGACCUGGAGAUGCUGGUAUCCCUGGUCAAAGGGGACUUACAGGAAACCCAGGAAGCCCUGGUCCUGAUGGUAAACCUGGACUACAGGGUCCUUCUGGAGAUCGGGGCCCUUCAGGUCCACCUGGCUCACCUGGACAAAGAGGUUCACCUGGUGUAAUGGGGUUUCCUGGUCCAAGAGGGAAUGAUGGACUACCUGGUAAAGCUGGCAAUAAAGGAUUAAUGGGUAACCCUGGUCCACAGGGUUUACCUGGAAAACCUGGAUUAGUGGGCCCUCCGGGUGAGCCUGGCAAAGCUGGUCCAUCUGGUGAAAAAGGAGAGCCGGGUAUUCAAGGAUUUCCUGGUCUUCAGGGUUUGAGUGGUGCCACAGGUCCCCCUGGUGAAAAUGGAAUACCUGGUGAGCCGGGACCUCGUGGUGAAAAUGGUUCUCCAGGAGCACCAGGUUCAAAAGGUGGGACUGGUCCUUCAGGUGAGCGUGGACCCCCGGGUUCUUCCGGGCCUACUGGGCCACGUGGGCUUCCUGGUGACAGUGGAUUAGAAGGACCGAAAGGUCCUCCUGGGCCUGUAGGUCCGCCAGGCCCAAUUGGCCCUUCAGGAUUACAAGGUAUGCCAGGUGAAAAUGGUCAUCCAGGUGGCAUAGGACCUAAGGGUGAAAAAGGGGAGGCUGGUCCAAUGGGUCUUGAUGGUGCACCUGGUAAAGAUGGUGUCUCAGGGCAGCAAGGAAUUAUGGGUCCACCAGGUCAACCAGGCCCUACAGGAGGGCGGGGUGAGUCUGGCCCUGCUGGUCCUCCUGGUCCUACUGGUUCUCGUGGUCUUCCUGGUGAACGAGGAGAACCUGGUUCCAAAGGUCCUAAUGGAUUUCCUGGGCUUCCAGGUCUUGAUGGUCAGCCCGGUCCUAAAGGCUCAGAUGGAAGCCCUGGCCCAAAAGGUAGCUCUGGCCCACCAGGUCCUUCAGGUAUAAUUGGAUUACCUGGUCGACUGGGUCUUCCUGGGAGCAAAGGAGAAAAAGGUGAACGUGGCUCGGCAGGGCCUCCUGGUCCUUCUGGUUUUCCUGGCGGCCCAGGCCCAAUUGGUGCAAUUGGACCAGCAGGCAGCGCAGGUUCUCCUGGCCCUCCAGGCCCCCCCGGUAAAAAUGGCCUGGCUGGUCCAGCUGGCAAAACGGGUCCACGUGGUGAAAUUGGACCUCCUGGUCACGCAGGCGCACCAGGGAACCCUGGUGAGAAGGGUUCACCUGGUGAAUCCGGUCCUCCUGGCCUUUCUGGCAUACCAGGCCCUCAGGGUUUGGCAGGAACACGAGGCUUGGUAGGUUUACCUGGUUCAAUAGGGAGACCAGGCCCUACAGGUCAAAGAGGACCAUCAGGUGAACCUGGCAAACAGGGUCCCCCUGGUGGUCCCGGUGAACGAGGCCCUUCAGGUGUAGCUGGUCCACCUGGCACAAGUGGAGCCCCUGGUCAACCUGGCAGAGAUGGUAAUCCAGGCUCCGCUGGACCUCCUGGCCAAGUUGGACCUUCUGGUCCCAAGGGUGAUCGCGGUGAACCUGGUCCAGGUGGAAAUCCAGGUCGCUCUGGACUUCCUGGACCUCCAGGUCAGCCUGGUCCAUCUGGUAAACAAGGUGACAGAGGUCCCUCAGGACCUACAGGUGAAAGGGGCUUACCAGGCCCAUCUGGGGCCACUGGACGUGUGGGCCCACAAGGUCCACGUGGUAAUAAAGGUGAAGAUGGACAGCCUGGAAGCAAUGGUAUCAAGGGUCAUCGGGGAUUCCCUGGUGCACCAGGACUGCCAGGCCCUCCUGGGAUUUCUGGGGAACCAGGCCCUCCUGGACAUGCUGGAGCUCAAGGUGCAAGAGGUCCUCCAGGUUCAGCUGGUCCCCCUGGCAAAGUGGGUACCAACGGUUAUCCAGGCCCUAUUGGUCCUACUGGUCCACGCGGUUUACGAGGAGAAUCUGGCCCCAGUGGUCGUUCUGGUGAUCAUGGCCCUCCUGGUAUUCCUGGUGCCCCUGGUCCCCCCGGUCCUCCUGGCCCCUGUUGUGGAACAACAGACAGUGUUAAUAAAGGCGUAGUGUAUCCAGGAAGCUACUACUAUGGUGAUCAACCUAGUGAACCUGUGAAAGAACAAGAGGUAGAAAUAAUAUCUGCUCUGAAAUCCCUCAACAGCCGAGUGGACACAAUCCUGAUCCCAGAUGGAUCACAGAAGAGCCCUGCUCGAAGUUGCCGAGAUCUAAAAUUUUGCCAUCCAGAAUUCAAGAGCGGAGAGUACUGGAUUGAUCCCAAGCAAGGCUGCAAAUUGGAUGCCAUCAAAGUACAUUGCAACAUGGAGACUGGAGAGACCUGUGUGCCUUCCAACCCCAGCAAUAUUCCACGCAAGAACUGGUGGACAAGCAAAAACAGUCAGCGAAAGAAACAUGUGUGGUUUGGAGAAUCCAUGGAUGGUGGAUUCCAUUUUAGCUAUGGUGUCAAUGCGCUAUCAGAAGAUACUGUUGAAAUUCAAAUCGGAUUCCUUCGCCUGCUUUCCACUCGAGCAUCCCAGAAUAUCACCUACCACUGUAAGAACAGUAUUGCCUACCUGGAUGCUGAGACUGGAAAUGUGAAGAAAGCUUUGAGGCUGAUGAGUUGGGUCGAUGUGGAGCUCAGAGCUGAAGGAAACAGCAGAUUCACAUAUAACGUCCUUGAAGAUGGUUGUACCAGGCAUACAGGAAAUUGGAGCAAAACUGUCUUUGAGUAUAGAACACGGAAGAGUCUUCGUCUGCCCGUUGUGGAUAUUGCACCUAUGGAUAUUGGUGCUGAGCACCAGGAAUUUGGUGUUGAUAUUGGACCUGUCUGCUUCUUGUAAAUUUCAAGAUCCAUUUGAAAACAAUCUUUAUCAGUGCUUAAAUAAAACCGGACACGGGCUAACUAAUUUCCAUACUGCACUUAUCCACAUGCUUAUAUUUUGGACCUCCCAGGUGGAAAUAAUGUCCAAAUCACUGCUCAUCAUUUUGAUAUAAGUUAUAGAAAAUACCAAGAUGGAAUAUGCGUAACAAGAUAAUUUUUCCACUCAAGUGUUCAAACAAUGACUUUUCUUUGGUGCCUAACACUGGGGUGAAAUCAAGAAACAUAAUUCAAGUGCUGAACGUUCCCAACAUCAAAUUUAACUCACCUUUCUUACCAAGAUGAAAAUCAAUACGUGCAGAACGUGCCCAGUUUCAACUACCUCAUCAUGGACAGAGACUGGGAUGUGUUUGAUAUUCCCACGGAAAUGUUGCACUAGUCUUUUAAAGUCUCAAACUCUGAGCUUUCCAGAAGCAAUAAAUUUAGGGAUGAUUCAAGGACAAGUGCUUCGUAUGAACAAUAAAGAUAUAAUUGAAACUGCCGGUAGACCAAAGUAAACUAAAUGUACUAAGUGCCCUGCAUUCACUAUAUGUGUUCAACUAAUUAUUCAUUGGUGCUUGUGUUCUUGAGUCUGGUUUUGUCUUUAAAUUGGUGCUAUUUUAAGUACAGACUUUCUCAAGUUUUUUACUCCUUUAUAAUUUCUAAUUUUUGCUGCAAAGUCAUUUCAUUGGCUGUUCAACGAUGCAUUCCUUUUGCAUAUAUACAUUUAUUGUUCAGUGCUAAGUCAUCAUCACUUUAUCAGCUUGAUGAUUACUUUUUGUCAUUCAUAUUUCUAAAAUUCAGCAAGUGGAUAAAGGAUAUUAAAGAUUCCAUUGACUUACUUGCAGAGUUAUCAGUUUGUUGCUAGGCGAAGUCAGGUUUUUCUUUCCUGUAAUGGUAUUUGAAUGCUUAUUUGUCACAAAAAAAAAAUAAAAUGUACUGAAAAAUUA